UUGACCGAGGGGAACAGAAGCAUGGCGGCGAUGGAGACACGGGAGUGCGAGACGGAAGGCUGCUGCAGCGAAGCCAAACUCCAGUGUCCCACCUGCAUCAAACUCGGCAUUCAAGGCUCAUAUUUCUGCUCUCAGGAAUGUUUCAAAGGCAGCUGGGUCACCCACAAACUGCUCCACAAAAAAGCAAAGGAGGACAAGACAAAAGAUGAGGAAAAGAACUGUGUAGAGAAAGAAAUCAACACAGACCCAUGGCCUGGGUAUAGAUACACUGGUAAACUGCGUCCCCACUAUCCACUGACACCAAUGCGACUUGUUCCUAGCAACAUUCAGAGGCCAGACUAUGCAGAUCAUCCUUUGGCUGCAGAGGUUGGGUUGUUGGCAGGCAUGUCUGAGUCAGAACAGACCAUGAAAGGGACGUCUCAGAUUAAGAUCCUCAACGCUGAAGAAAUUGAGGGGAUGAGAGUUGUCUGCAAGCUGGCUCGAGAAGUACUUGACAUCGGUGCAAUGAUGGUGAAGCCUGGAGUGACAACAGAGGAGAUCGACCAUGCGGUGCAUUUGGCAUGUACAGCUAGGACUUGCUACCCAUCACCUCUGAACUACUACAACUUCCCCAAGUCCUGCUGCACCUCCGUAAAUGAAGUCAUCUGUCACGGAAUACCUGACCGACGUCCCCUGCAGGAAGGGGACAUACUUAACAUUGACAUUACGGUUUACCACAAUGGUUACCAUGGAGAUCUGAAUGAAACCUUUUUUGUGGGUGAGGUGGAUGAGGGAGCCAAGAGAUUGGUUCAGACUACUUAUGAAUGUCUUAUGCAAGCCAUCGACUCUGUGAAGCCUGGUAUUCGGUAUCGUGAGCUUGGAAACAUCAUCCAAAAACAUGCCCAGGCUAAUGGAUUCUCUGUGGUACGGAGUUACUGUGGCCAUGGCAUUCACAAACUGUUCCAUACUGCACCCAACGUACCGCAUUAUGCUAAGAACAAAGCGGUAGGAGUGAUGAAGCCUGGCCAUGUGUUUACAAUUGAGCCCAUGAUCUGUGAAGGUGGCUGGCAGGACGAAACGUGGCCGGAUGGUUGGACAGCAGUCACUCGUGAUGGUAAACGCUCGGCCCAGUUUGAGCACACACUCCUUGUGACGGAGACCGGCUGUGAAAUUCUCACACGUCGCCUUGAGGAAAAUGGACGUGCUCACUUCCUGUCCCAAAUGUAAAAUGGUGGGGUUAUAUUAGCCCUGUUCUGCAGUGGAGGGUACAACAGCUCCGCUCCAUAUCACAGAUCAGCCAAUCACACUGUGGUUCUCUGUUGGGCAGGAGAUGAUUGGCCAAGUGGCCGUGUCAGUGGAUUUAGGCAGGAGGUGGAGAUUUGUUAACUUCUGAAUGUGUCACUGGAUAGUCACAUUAAUCAGCUUGGAUCUGAGAAAACUGAAAGGCACUGGCCUUAAACCUGGUUACAGUGCCACCACACUCUGUCUACAUGGGAGGAAGAGAUAAUCUGUGUGAGUCGUUUCAUGUGUGUGUGCUUGAGAGUGCCAGCUGUGUGAAGUCUGCUGUCUCAGUCUGCUUCAGUGCAUUUGUAUGACUGGCUUGUUCCAGUUUACUGUUUAUUGUUUUGUUUUUUUGUAAGCCAUCGGUGCAGGUUCGAAAUGCCACAAGUAUUAGGGUGUGUGUGAUAAAACACUGUGGAGGCUCUCAAAAUUGUAUCAAAACAUGAUUGAUAUAUGAAAACUCUUCACAGUUGAAAGAGUGCCUCAUAACAUUAUUAAACAUUGUAAAAAUGUUUUUCAUGACGUUCUACGAGCGUUCAUAAGGUCCACUAAAUGGUAUAGUUCACCCAAACAUUAAAAUGCUGUUAAUAUGUACUCGCCUCACCUUGUAUGUCCAAAACAUACAACAUUCUUCCAUGGAACACAAAAUGACAUGUAAAGCAGAAUUGUUAGCCUCAGUCACCCUUCACUUUCAUUGUUUGGAAAAAUAUUUUAUGAAAGUCAAUGAUGACUGUGGCUAACAUACUUAACAUUCUGCCGAAAAUUUGCUUUUGUGUUCCAUUGAAAUAUAGUCAUAUGGUUUGGAACAAGAGGUUAGUAAAAUUUUGGGGUGAAUUGUCCCUUUAAAUAAAUCUUGUUUGAACACGUAUCUAUGAACACCUAGUAGAACAAUUAGUUUAAAUACUAUUGUAUACUGUAGCUAUUUUCUGUUUUGUGAAGGGUCUUUCUGAUCCUCCCAAUGCAAUCCUCCUUGGUCAAGUCUGAAAAACAGAUGCAGGCCUUGUGUCAUUGAUGCUCUGUCUGUUUGAUGCAUCUUAUGAAAUCAAUUUCAGUGUCUCAGUAUUCAAGCAGAAUAAAAGUAUAUUUUCUCCUUUAUUCUGAAUCUUAGUCUUUUUUUUUUAAGUGUAGCAUGUAUUUAAACAUAGACUUGCUGACUGUCCAUUAUCCUGCUUAUUACAUUGAUA